UCGCACAGCUUACCAGCGGCCGUUGGUAUUGCUGAUGUUGUUGUUGCAAACAUGCUCUGACUUCAAUUUGCAUGCGGAUGCUGGUGUUGCCGCGUCCACCGCAGUGCAGCAGUCCGCCGAGGCGGAAGUGAGCUCCGAGCACACUGACCUAUAUAACAUCCGACACGGACGCUCCAAGGUGCGACACUCCAACGAGAAGGAGCAUCUCCUUUGGGCCAUGCGACCACAAAACACGCCAGCAGGAAACGAUAAUGCCAAAGCAGCCGUAAACAUCCGACUACAAGGUGCGGGCGAAAGGAGUAUCACCGCAAAUACGUCCCAAAACGCCGCGGAUGCAACAAGCGGUGACAUUAUAGCCAGCGACUAUGAUAAUCAGUUGAUGUCCGGAGCUGUAGAAAGCAUUGCGUACAAUCUGACUGUGCGCCAGAGCAGGAUGACAGCUCAACAACUCAACGAAAACCAAAGUCGGUUAGGUGGACUUUGGAGCAUCGGUGCGGACAGUAGCAUACAAACGGGCAAUGGACAUUUAUUCGGCAGUGAUUAUUGGCGAAACUCGGAUGCGAAUGGCUCUUUGAUAAGCUCGGCGGAAAUUAACCCAGCGCAGCGAGUAAAACCUGCCACACAUGCAAUGCCCGAAAGGCGGUCACAUGCAAUUGCCACCGCGGCACUGCAUUCAGCUAUUAAACGAAAACACACUGAAACAUCGCGCAUAUCGCUGGAUUAUUCCCACCAAGCUGCGAAAACCACCGACACGCCAGAUGCUGGUCCUGGUGGACUUGUCACUAGCGAAGCGCCGGUGACACAUCGCAUACGCAAACUGCAUAUGAAGAAGAUAAUGGAAAGCAUACGCAAUAGUGCGGACAAGGGUCUCGGUGUGAAGACACCGAAGAGCCAUCAUCGCAGCCUCAUGACCGCCGAGCAGCUACAGGGUAGACCAAUGGAUAUGGAACUACUAAAUGGUCAAGAUAGUGCUGCAGACGAGACAGACAUGCAGGAUGAUGAUAGUGUGGAGGACAAUGCCGACAGUGACGCUGUGAACAGCAGCGUAGAUGAAACUGCCGCCGAUGAUGAAGAUGCGGACGGAGUAAGAGAUUUCAGCAGUCGCAGUGAUGAACAAGACGCGGAUAGCGAUAAUGGCACGGCUGGUAAUGAGGACGCUAGUGAUGAAACCAAUGACGAAGACAUGGCCAAUAACAGCGUCGACGGAAGUGAAGACGCUAGCGACAACAUAUUGACAUCCGACAUAGAUGGCACCAGCGACAGUGACGGUGCAUUGAAUGAGGUUUUGCAAUUAGCAGACGAAUUAGAUAUCUCCGUGAACUCCAUGGAGGAUGUCUACCAAAGCGACGAAUACAUGACGACAACCUCAAGCUAUGUAACCACAAGAGUCGCAGAAAGUGCUGAGCUCACUGAGCAGGUUUCAACAUCAUCUACACUUUUGAGUGGUGCAGCAAAUGAACUAGUCACCAAAAUGCUUAACGACGGUGCUUUUGUGGAGACCAUUACAAGCGCUCCUAUGGAGCCAAAAAAGGUAACAACGAAAUUGCAACUCGUACAGAAAACAGUAACACCAACAAAACUAACGUUGCUGCCGACAAUUGCCACAAAAGAUUUUGUGCAAUCGAAACUCGCAACCAUAAGGAAGUGGAAAAAUCAGACUCAGUCUGUGGCGCACCAAAAUGAAAUUGCCACAAACGAGCGAAGCGCGUGGCAUGAUGCUGGCGGUGGCGCGACAUGGCGAGGCAGUUUAAAUGUGCAUGACUCUGUUAAUACGAAGAUAGCCGCUUCGAAACCCGAAGACCUUGUUUACUCGCAUGAGGCGCAUGGCGCAAUUGAGGUGUCGCAGUUCCAAAGCACAGAUGUCAGCAACGAGACGGCGCCAUUUGCUGAAGAAGACAAUGAAACUUUAAGCACUUUGGAACCCAUUCGAAGUGGAGCUGAGGACCGAGAUGCCAUCUGGUUAAACAGUAAUUUUUCGCAAGAGCCCAAUCAGUUGGCAAGCACGAGUGUCGGUGGCGUUGGCUUGGACCGACAGCAGUCUUUCGAGAUUGAAGAGAUUAAUUUCGAAAAUGUUGUGCUAGAGAAUGCUGACGAUAUAACAAUGGACGACGGCCAUAUGGAUAAUCGUAAUGCACACGGUUUUCCAGUGAGUAAUACGGGUGAUGUGAGUGCGGACGUAAAUGGUAGUGAAGAGGAUGGUAACGAAACGGAUAACGGUGAAGACGAUGAAACGAAUCGGUUCUUGGCCGGUGUGGUAGAUGCGGCAAACGAAGAUGAGAUUUACGAUUGGGACGAGAUAUCGCGUAAUAAUCGACGAAACCUGAUGCGCGGUCGCGAUGUCGUUACGAAGUUCUUGCAAAUCGUUGAAACACAACAUUUGCUCGGUGCCAAUUGUGAGGCGGGUACGUCGUUAAAUUUAGGCGAAGGCGUGGUCGAUCGUUACGCGCAGGAUCGCUUUCGUGUUGAAGCCGAAGUGGCGGUGAAUCGGGCGAACAUGUUGACCAGAAUUUUCAAGAUGACUGCACCGGCUGCGCAGGCCGACGUUAAUCUGCUGCACGCUUCCGUGCUUUCGAUGGUCGAAUUCGACGACGACAUUUUUGCCGCUGGAAAUUGUUUCGAUUGGAAUGAGCACCCCUCGCAGUCGGGACUUUUCUGUCCGUUCGCCUAUCGUUUGCCAGCCCCACACCUAGGCGCAAUACUGGCCAAGGAUCUCUCCAUGGAAUAUCAUUAUCUCGGCAACACGUCCGAAUGGUUCUUUCAAGCGCGAAAAAACGCCGAAAAAGUAAUUAUCCGUAACGAGCAAUAUCUAAAAUCUUUCCAUCUUUACUCCAACAAAACCGAUGAGCGCGUUGAGGACGACACGCUGGCUGUGAAAUACGAGGACGGGCGCUGGUCCAAGCCUUACUAUGACUGCGGUGGUGGCAACAUUUGGAUGUUGACGUAUACGGUACCGUUUUUCGGCUACGAAAAUGGAACAUAUCAUUUCAAAGGAACUUCGGGCAUCGACAUCGACUUAAGGCGUGUGGAUAUCGAUCAAUGUCCGCAGCGCAACUCGCCGGGCACCACUCAACCCCUCAACAUAUUCGCCGGCACCGACAAAUGCAAACAGCGCACAACAAUGUGUGAGGCUUUAAAAGGAUUGGGCUUCCGCCGUGGCUCCUACAAAUGUGUUUGUCGCAAGGGCUAUUACUUUCCAGACACCAUGUCUUCGCAAAAGUUCUUCAACGGCAGCCUGCUGGAGGAGGAGUACGAGAAGCUCAUGCUGGGCAGAAACUCCACCUACAACAUCAUCAAUGAGUACGAGUGCCUGCCGUGCGCCGAGGGCUGCGAUUACUGCGAGGAUGGCUCGCCUUGCAUUGCAGCGCUUAAUUGGCCGAUGCGAACGAGCAUUUUGGUGCUGGCUUGCACCGUCAUCGGUUUGCUGCCGCCGGCCGCGUGGUUCACAUUCCGCUAUCAACAAGUGAAGGUUGUUCGUGCCGCCAGCCCGGCUCUGUUGCGCGUCAUUGCCCUAGGCGCCUUCUUCAUCUACUGUACAAAUAUCGUGAUGUACCCCAAUCCGAAUCUGUACACCUGCACGGCGCGAAUAUGGCUACGCGAAAUCGGAUUCUCACUGACAUAUGGCGCUUUGAUGCUGAAAACGUGGCGCAUUUCGGUGAUAUUUCGUGUUCGUUCAGCAAAAGCGGUGAAAAUCACAGACGCAGCACUAUUGAAGCGGCUCGGCAUUAUUUGCGGUGUCAUUGGAACGUGCCUGCUGGUGCGUACUUUGGUUGCACCGCCCGAUGUUGUGGUUGGCCGCACUGCUGAUGAUCUGAAAGCAUUUUUAUGCAAAACGGAUUACUGGGAUUACACUUUCACAUCGAUGGAGGUGCUAUUUCUCGCCUGGGGUGUGCGCCUGUGCAUUAUGGUGCGGAAGGCGCCGUCCGAGUUCAACGAGAGUCGCUUCAUCUCCAUGGCCAUCUACAAUGAAUUCCUGCUGACCUGCUUCCUCAACGUCUCCAUGCUCUUCCUGCAAUCACCAGCUAAUCCUGACCUGCUCUACAUCAUUUUCUUCUGUCACACACAAUUGACGGUGACACUUUUAUUGUGUUUAAUAUUCGGCAGCAAGGUUUACAUUGUGCUGCGCAGCGGCAAAUCGCAUCAGGAGACCAUCGGCAUGGGCGCCAAGUCCUCCGGCGCCAAAUUCAAUUUUCGUCCACAGGUGCGCACCUUUGCUAAUCCCAGUUCGGUUACCACCUCCACCGUUCCCGUGGCGGGCACCACAUCAGGCGACACAAAACUUUCGGACCAGGAAGCACUUGAAGAAAUCCGACAACUGAGUGUGCAGCUGCAGCGUAUUCAAGAGAUGGCGCCGCCGAAAGGUGUUGCCGUUAUGACAAUCUCCAGUCUCUUAGACGGUCUUAAGACGCCAGGCGGCAUGAUUAUGGUCGCUGCCGCCGCAUCGCAGGCGGCCACUUCGAACAACCAACUAACCGUGCGUCCAUAUACGCCCGGCAGUGGCGGUGGCAUAACUGCAAGCAGUGCCGGCGGUGGCGCUUUGCCAUUGCUCUCACUCAAUACUGAAAUGGAGAAGUACAAUCAACAGAUGCAGACAACGCACAACAACAAUGUUACGGCAGCUGCGAGCAAUGCUGCUAAGCCUACGCAACCGAAAGCACUAAUGCUGGAGGUGGAGACCAGCACGACCACAAUCGAGGAGUCUUUGUUGGCGCUGCGUGAAGACCGCGCCAUCAAUACAGACUUAACGCGCAGCGAGGACUUCCAUCAGCAAGCGUUGGGCUGUGCGCAGGGGCACAUCAUUUGUACGCGUUGCUUGGUUAUUUCCAAAGAACACUAUUUCAGCUGUCGGCCAUUCACCCCGCCGCAUGGCUUAGUGGGUGGCAAUGAUGGCUGUAAAUAUAGUGGUGCCACUUGUCAACAGCUCGGUUCGCCACAGCCGGAAGGCAGCAUCAGCUUUGCGAAUAUAAAACUGGAAUGUAUGUGCUCGCAGCCUGACUUGGACAUCGAUGCGGAGGUGGAUGUGCCACUAAGGCGGCGCAUCAAUGUACGCAGCGCGGCUACCAAUACACCACCUUCCACGAGAGGCAGCAGCAAGCGACGCAGUGGCCGCACGAAAACGAGCAGCCCCAGCUUGCAGGAUAUCGGCAAUGAGAGUCUGGGUGCAGACGUGCGCUAUCGUAUAUGUGAUAAUUGUAAAAAUAAGUAUCGUAAUAGCAAUAAGUGUGGCGGUAGAAAGUUCCGAAAAAGUAUCAAGAAUGGACGAAACUCGCGCCAGCUGUCGUCCGCCGCAACAGCAACAGCAGCAGCUACAAUAAUAAGAGCCGGCGAUGAACGUCAUUCACAAAAGCACAGCUUGGCUGCACGAACUGGCGUUACACAGACGCGUAGCAAUGACCUGCUUGAGCGUCAACCUGCGACUGACCAUACCAGCACCGCAGCGUCCGCGAGUCAAAGGCAAAAGACGCACUCCACGGACGACAUUAUCUUCUACACAACCACCGAUGAGAGCAGCACCAACAGUGACGACACUUCAGAUUGCGAAGGCACGUGUAUUCGGCUGCGAAAUCGACAGCGCGAACUAACUGUUCAGUCGACAUCUGCACUCAGCACCGUAAGCGGUGGUUGUGGGACGCUACACAAAGACGCUGUGGCAACUUCAGAAGACUCUAUGGCGGCAGCGUGUAUCGCGGCAGCGGCGAAUGUUGGCGCUGUGAGUGUAGAAGUUGCUAAUAACACACAAUCGACGGUUGAUAUGUCGCACGAUUCAAAUGGAUCUGUUACAAAUGAAGAAGCCAAGCCAAGCUCUGCAUUCGUUGAAGACAGCAGCGCGCCAUCUAAUGGUGCUGGGCGCGCAAAGCGGCCCGACAAAUUGAUACUCGAUCUGAAUGAUCGCUCCAAGUACACUAAAGAGGUUUCUGUUUAGGUUAUUUUGGUUAGAAAUGUAGGUACUCUCAUGUAAAUUUGUUAGAGAGCGCUUAGCUAGUCAGGUUUUGUACAUAGAAAUACUAAGUAGUAGAAAGUUAAAGUUUUCUUAAGGAGCUUAGUAGAAAUAAAAAAAAAUAAAUGGAAAGCAUGGGUCUGCAUAAAUGCAUAUGCACUCUGACGAUUUGAAAAAGUGUAACUAAACGUAUAAUAAUGACGCGCUGCUAAAGUGAGGGUGAAGCACGUUCAAUACUCAGUAGGUUCACUAAACAUUAGGUAGGUGAUGAGACUAUGUAGGAGUGUGUACCUAGAUUAUCAGCCAUUGAAUGGCUUUUUUGGCAUUAUAUUAUAAAGUUUGGCAAUUUCUAAAAUAUUACUGACUCAUAAGUGAUAUUUUAGUGAGAUUAUUUACCAUAUAUGUAUUUAUUAUUUAGGGACUACUUAAAGGUAAGUACGUUGCUUAAACCUUGAGUUAUUGCCAGCUGAGCUUCAUCAUUUAUAUGCUAAAAAGUUUGUUCUUGAGGGGGUAUAUCAGUUGUUGAUAAAAUCGCGUUAAUACGAGACUGUAUAUUGGAGUAGGAAUGAGCUUUUAUGAAAUCAAGCUGUCUUAUUUGGCCAUGUGAUAGGAUUUGACAGUUUUUCAUGUCAUUUGUGUCUCAUAAAAUUUAAAAUUUCAGUAGUUGAGACACAGUAAGCCCGAAAUAAAAACAUAUACCAGGUUGUUCAAUAAGUUUUGUCGUUUGAUAGGAAAAACACAAUUUUAUGAUUCAAAAUAAACUUUAUUACUCAGUAUAAUCUCUCUGAACAUUAAUACACUUACUCUAACGAUCCUCCAAAUCUGUGUUAGGACCUCUUCAUUUGAUGAAAAACGCUUGGCACACAUAAAUUGUUUGAGUUCUGGAAACAAAUGGAAGUCGUUGGGG